UGGUGAUUGUGAUCGUUAUUUAAGGUUGAUUGCCGAUUGUCAACAAACUGUAUCUGUAUUAGCCAUCUUUUCGACGCAUCGAUUUAAUUCUUUAACAAAUCCAAGAGGGAAUUUUCCUGUAAUUAACUAUACAAGCUCUAAAAUAAUAUAUUUCUUUACGUUACAAUUUUUAUUUUAAUUAAGUCUUUAUUCUUCAUGAUUUCUUAUGGCGGAAUAAAAUUCUACGUGCUUGUGAGUCACGCAUAAUUAUGGAACAUAAACAGUUGUCUGGGUGUUUUUGUAGUAAUAUUCAUUAGUUAUUCUGACAUUCGGCGAAGAAAUUUGCCAGUGGCGCGGAAUCAAACAUCAGUGAACGUAGGCCGAAAGAAAGUACCCUGCUGAACAGGAUCUUAACGCGUCAUGUUUCAGCACUUUUACUGCUAAGACACUGUCGCACUCAUAACGCGUGGAAAAUUAGCCAGCGAUCCAUGAAAUUUUGCACACAAUUCUCCUCUGUUAUUACAAUUUUUCUAUCCUUAUCAUCCGCAUUUUUCGAACCGGAAAUUGCAUUUCUCUCUGCUUCUAACGCCGGCCGCAGCCAGUGGAUUGUUACUGAAUUAACACAGACGCGCUGAAACGGCGCCUUCUUACCGGAUUUAUUUGUCAUUUUAUUCAUAAUGAUUUGCCAAUGGAAAUAUUAUCAGUAUUAUAUCUCUCUCACAUUAUUUCUUCCACUCCUGGAAACGCAUCAAACCGGAAAUGUGUAUACACUUGAGAAUUCUUUGUCAGGUUUUUUAAUACGGCAGUCCCGCGAUCUGACUUUUAAGCCCUUUAAUACCAUGACGCCGCUCAACUUCAGCGCCCCACAUCAGAUCUCCAUCGAGGAGCUAAAGAAGAUGAACCAGAAUACCGGCUUCUCCUCGUCCACCUCCACUGCCCAGGCCCAGCGCAUCGACACCAAGAAUCCCAGACUGGAUUUGGGGACAUCGUUGUCCGUGGCCAUUGAUAUCAAUGGUCCGUUGGGGGAAGUAGGCAGCUCCUUCAAGGGAUCACAGAACACCGGUGCGGCGACUUCCCAGGCGGGGGCGUUGACCGGGACCAAAAAGGGCAGCAAGGGACCGGCCAACGCACAGACGGCCGCCCAGGCCAACAUCUUGGUGGAUGAUCCCAACGCGGAGGCCUCGGCAUCCGUGCUCAACACAGCCAAUGUGAUCAUGUCGGGGAAUGCGAAGGGCAACGCGCAGUCAGCGGGUUCGGUGAACACCAAGUCGCCGGAUGGGACAAUAACGACGGCAGCGCCACCAGCAGCGGCGCCUCCAAAAUUAGCUGCAUUGGAAAGCCCGAAGAAGUUGGCCACGGUGGAGACCACGCAGAAACCGAUUACCGUCGCGCGCACUACUAGCACAACAACGACGACGACCAGCACCACCACAACGACAACAAGUACGACGACGACGCCUCUACCACCUCUGCCUUUAAUGAAUACCGAUACACAAGGCACGGAUGCACCAGCGGAAGGAGGAACCGACGCCGAUACCACCACUGUAGCCAACUCUGAUCAACCCACCGAGAUUGGCGGUGGCGGGUCCGAUGAGUCUGAAGACCAAGACGAACGGCCGCACCGGGGUCGCCACCGACGUCCCCCACCACCGCCGCGACGACCCAUGCACGGGGGCUUUAGUCGUGGACAGCAAUUCGGUAUUAAUCGGUUCGUGGGGCAGCAGCCCAACCGGGGCUAUUUCCAAACCGGACCCAACUUUCCCACCCAGUCUGGAUAUUCCGGAUAGGUAACACGCCGGUUAUCAAAACCUUCCAGCUUCCAUUCUCCCUGGACAGCCCGAGCGGUGGCCAGUUUCAAAAGCAAGAAACGCGCUUUGCGCCAGCACCACUACAAUUCGGCGCAGCGCGACCUCUUCAAUUCGCUCCG